CACACUCUCUCUCUUUUUUUUUUCUUUUUGUACAUAUCUUUUUCAUCUCAUUUAUGCAAUACUAUCUAAUACCAUGAAUUUAAUAAACAAUCAUACGCAACUUGCGGCAGCUUCUUUCUUCACAUCAUUCACAAAAAAGAAACCACUGGGUUUACCCAGCACAAUUAACAGGUCGUUUUUACAAAGCCCAACAUCAUCAUGGCCAGAAAAAACAUCAUGGUCCGAGAAAAAGCAAAAAGAAACGAUUCAACAAGCCAUGUAUAUCUUGCCAAAAUCACCUUCCACAGCCUCCAUCUACCUUCAGCUUCCCAAAUUUCGUUCACUUUCAGUCUUCUUGCGAUGUGGCCAUGUAUCUCAACUGGUUGAGAACUGGCUUUGUAAUCCCAUGGAACAAUUGAAGCGAACAGCUUUCCAGAGACGUAUCAUGCCUCAUGUCGGCACAUUAUCGGUUACCAAUCACGAAACUUCCAUCGUACCUUACAAACCACUUUUCAUUCACUUUCAAAAUAAUCAACAAACACAAAUGAUGGAGGUCAAAUAUGUACCUUGUCUAUUCACGGUCGUAUGUGUUACCUAUGACUGUGGCUCAGUUUCGUUGUCCGUCAACCAAAUUGACUCAUUAGAGUUUCUGGCUUCAUCGGCCACCAUGGACCCUUUUUUGGUCAAAUGUAACCUAUUACCGAACCACCCUGUUACCAUACAUCAUCUAGAUGAGGCUGGCAUAAUGCACACUUCACUUCCUCUCAUUUGCGAUUAUGCUUCCGAUGACACCAUCGAUAACUUACUAAACACCUCCACUAUUUCCGAAUAUUCUUCUGAAGAUGAAGAGGUACUUGUUGAUCAAGCAGUAACGGAUGAUGUCAGUAUUAUGAUCGAAGACCCCGUAUUGAUUGACAAUCAUCCAGUUUUAUUGGUAAACAGAGACCCAACAUUGGAUGAUAAAGUGGUUGAAUUCAUGCAUCUAGACGAACCUAUACUGUACAACCAAGAUGACGAUGAUGAUGAUUCGUGUCUUUAUUCAUCUUCUGAAGAAUAUUCAGUAUUGGAAGACCUGGAUACAGAAGAGGAGGAGGACGAACAUGCUCGCAAUGAUUUAUUACGUUUGGUGCAGGACACUUUAGAAUAUAUUCAUUCAAAUCAUGGAGCCUACUCUGAUGAAUUAAACAAUCUUGAGUAUAAGUUGUACCAAUACAACCGUGCCGCUACAUCCGCUUAUAAUUAAUCCCUUUUUCAUUUAUAAAAAAAAAAUUAAAUAAAU